CAGUUGAAAAUUCUGAGGGGUUGAAAAAGAAUAAAAAUUUAACUAAACUCAUUUUAUUCUAAAAAGUGUAAUCGGGUGCACAAAUUAUUGAAGAAUCGCAGCGUAGUGUGAAUACAAAAGAAAUCUUAUCGGAGAGUGCAAUUGUUGUGCUUUCAACAGUGGUUUAUAGUGUUUUUAUAUCAAAAAAAUUAUAAUCGUAAUUGUAUGCAAAUCAGUUAAAUUAUUUUGUGAUGAGUGUUUUUAAGCGAAAUUAAGCGCAAUUCAACUAUGGGCGAUUUGCCUUGAUUAUUCGGUUGCCAAAGACGAAUGCCUGUCUGGCAGCCUGGGCGACCCUUUGCAAGGAUAUUGUGCGAAGAAAUGAAAAAGCGAUAGUGCAAUCGGAAGUGCAAAAAUGUGGAAAAAUUAUAUUUUUUAAUGAUAUGCAGAAUUAAGCAACGGUGUUUUGUAUAAGAAAAAUAACAAUACUUUAAAGGAUACACAUAAACGAAUAGCAUUAAAGAAAGGGAAAUAUAAAAUUUUGUGAUAAACAGCUACGUCAUUAUCAUAGGUUUGUGUUUGUGUGUCACCUUUUAUGCUGUUGCUGGAAAAAUACUGCAUGAAUUGAUGCUUGUUAUACCCUCAAAUUGAAUGGCGAAGAUAGCAUAAAUAUAAACAUACGCACGCACAUAUAUAUUAACAUAUUUGAAUCCAAAGUGCCUGGCUACGCCCACGAUAAUCAUUUAGUUUGGCGUUUUUCCAAAAAAAGGCAAACUAUACAACAUGGAUAUAGUUAACUUAAUCAAGUCAUCGUACGUUGACUGCGGAUCAAUGUUCUCUGAAUCAUGGUACAAGGUGCUGAAAAUGGAAAUAAAAUUAUCAAUCUACUUAUACAUCAGUGUCUCCAUCUUGACACUCAUCAUCAUCGGUUGGUAUAUAUUCUACAAGCGAUGGCAGCGGCACAAAGAACGCCAGCUGAUGCUGGAAGCAGAAAUGCGUGGCUCAUCGUCGGGAGCUGCCGGUGACAUGACCGGCUUACGGUUUCGUAAACGCGACAAAAUGCUCUUCUACGGUCGACGUAUGCUGCGGAAGGUGAAAAGUGUAUCCGGUCAGGUGUACGGCGGUCAGGGGCGCAAAAGAAAGGCGGUGAUGCGUUUUGCAAAGCGCAUACUCCAACUGCGACGUGAAAACAUACCAACAUUGCUAAAUACUGUAGAGCCGCCGGCGGAAUAUCUGCAGGAGACAAUAGAGGGCGGUGAUCGUGUGCCGCCAGACGCUCUUUACAUGCUACAAAGCAUACGCAUAUUCGGGCACUUUGAGAAACCGAUUUUUCUCAAGUUGUGCAAGCAUACGGAGGUGUUGACGCUGGAACCUGGAGAUUAUCUCUUUAAAAUUACAGACUCCGAUGAUAGUGUCUUCAUUGUGCAGUCCGGUUUGGUGCAUGUUUUCAUUUCGAAUGCCGACGGCAGCACGCUCUCGUUGAAGACCGUGAAGAAGGGUGAAUCGGUGACAUCGCUAUUGAGCUUUAUCGAUGUACUGUCGGGCAAUCCGAGCUUCUAUAGAACUGUCACGGCGAAGGCGAUGGAAAAGUCUGUUGUUAUACGACUACCCAUGCAAGCUUUCGAAGAGGUUUUCAACGAGAAUCCAGACAUUAUGAUACGUGUCAUACAGGUUAUUAUGGUGCGCUUGCAGCGCGUGCUCUUCACAGCACUGCGCACUUAUCUCGGUCUCAAUUCGGAGCUGGUACAAAGUCAUAUGCGCAUCAAGAAAAGUGCGGGCGCGACCAUAAUCAAAACCUCGCCACUGUAUCGCCGCUCGACACAUCCCGACUCGGUACAGCAUUCUUUGUCCGACUUCAUGCCACCACCGGACAUGCUGGUGGACUUGACGCACGACACAGAGAGACAUGUGGGCAUACAAGCUGCCUUGCCCAAUUCACAACCAGCAAAUAGCACAGGCACAGGUAGUAUUAGUGGGGGCGCAUCGGGUGGCGGUCAACACACGCUGGCCAAUUCGCGUGCAAAUAGCAUUGGAAACUUAGUUACGCGCCGCUACUCACUUAUACACGCUGAAGCUUUGGCGAACGCAGCGACGGCUGAAUUGGCGAGCAUACGCGGAUAUGCUUUGGACAGUUUCUUACGAGAACUUGGCUUACCGGAAGAGGAUCGCGCGUUUAUUGACCCGUUCGUACAGUUGAUUGAGGUGGAACCGAAUAUUGCUCUGAUCAAUGAAGGAAAUGUAGAUGAUAUUUGCAUUUGGAUUGUGCUCACAGGCGCUCUAAAUGUAUAUCAGAGCAACGUGGAUGUAACGCGAACCGUACAAACGGAACGGUCCGAUGUGUUCAUCUACACAGUGCAUCCAGGUGAAAUAGUUGGCGGUUUGGCGGUGCUCACCGGCGAGUCGAGCACCUACACUAUCAAAACAAAACAUGUAACCCGACUUGCCUUCAUACGACGUCCCGACGUUUAUGCCUUAAUGCGUGAACGUCCACGCAUCGUACUUGAUCUCGGCAACUGCGAAGUGCGUCGUCUCUCGCCACUGGUACGUCAAUGCGACUACGCGCUCGAUUGGGUAUUCCUUGAGUCUGGGCGCGCCGUCUACCGACAGGAGGAGAGUAGCGACAGUACUUAUAUUGUGCUUAGCGGACGUAUGCGUUCGGUGAUCACACAAGCGAGUGGUAAGAAAGAAAUUAUCGGCGAGUAUGGCAAAGGUGAUCUUGUGGGGUUGGUGGAGAUGAUAACAGAGACUUGCCGUACAACCACAGUGAUGGCUGUGCGUGACUCAGAACUUGCCAAAUUGCCUGAAGGCCUCUUCAAUGCAAUCAAACUGCGGUAUCCCAUUGUUGUAACGAAGCUGAUUAGCCUACUGAGUCAUCGUAUAUUAGGCACAAUGCAGUCUCGUCCUGGCAGCACUGCAGCGCCUUUGGAAGCGAAUCCAGUUACACAUAAAUACUCAACUGUAGCGCUCGUGCCGGUAAGCGAUGAUGUGCCGUUGACAGCGUUUGCCUAUGAACUCUAUCACUCAUUAUGUGCCAUCGGUCCCACAUUGCGUUUAACCUCUGAAGUCAUACGUAAGCAGCUCGGCAUGCAUAUAUUCGAGCCGAGUAAUGAGUAUCGAAUGACCUCUUGGCUGGCACAGCAGGAGGAUCGCAACACAAUCACUUUGUAUCAGUGUGACUCAGCGCUUAGCGCUUGGACUCAACGUUGUAUGCGACAAGCUGACGUUGUACUUAUUGUAGGUUUGGGCGAUCAUCCUCCCACUGUGGGUAAGUUUGAACGUGAAAUUGAUCGCCUGGCAAUGCGCACACAGAAAGAGCUCGUCUUGCUCUAUCACGAAUCAAGCAAUACGAAACCGAAGAACACCCUACAGUGGUUAAAUGUACGACCGUGGGUGACUAAGCAUCACCACCUGCAAUGUCCGAAGCGUAUGUUCACGCGCAAGAGUCAAUAUCGCAUUAAUGAUUUGUAUAGUCGUGUACUCAUGUCAGAGCCGAAUAUGCAUUCGGAUUGUUCGCGUUUGGCACGUUGGCUAACCGGUAACUCCAUUGGGUUAGUCUUAGGUGGUGGCGGCGCACGCGGCGCUGCACACAUUGGCAUGCUGAAGGCUAUACAAGAAGCGGGUAUACCGGUUGAUAUGGUGGGCGGUGUCAGCAUUGGUGCGCUGAUGGGCGCACUCUGGUGCUCGGACCGCAAUGUAACAACCGUUACACAGAAGGCGCGUGAAUGGUCUAAGAAAAUGACAAAAUGGUUCCUGCAAUUGCUCGAUCUCACUUAUCCGAUUACAUCGAUGUUCUCUGGCCGCGAAUUUAAUAAAACCAUACGCGACACUUUUGGUGAUGUGGCCAUUGAGGAUCUAUGGAUUCCUUACUUUACAUUAACGACUGAUAUAACCGCAAGCUGCCAUCGCAUACACACAAAUGGAUCUCUAUGGCGUUAUAUACGUUCAUCCAUGUCGCUUAGCGGUUACAUGCCGCCCUUGUGCGAUCCAAAAGACGGGCAUCUGCUGUUGGACGGUGGAUACGUUAACAAUUUGCCAGGAUGUCUGUGGCGUUAUGCCCGUGCAAGUAUGUCCAUUGCCGGCGUCUUUCCACCAUUUUGCGAUUAUAGAGACGGUCAUUUGCUACUCGAUGGUUGUUACACCAAUAAUGUACCAGCCGACGUCAUGCACAAUUUGGGCGCUGCGCAUAUUAUAGCCAUUGAUGUGGGCUCACAGGACGAUAUGGACUUGACAAAUUACGGUGAUGACCUGUCCGGCUGGUGGUUGCUAUAUAAAAAAUGGAACCCCUUUACAACACCGGUGAAGGUGCCUGAUCUGCCGGAUAUACAAUCACGUCUGGCGUACGUUUCCUGCGUGCGUCAACUGGAGGAAGUGAAAAACUCCGAAUAUUGCGAGUACAUACGCCCACCAAUUGACAAAUACAAGACACUCGCUUUUGGCAGUUUUGAUGAGAUACGUGAUGUUGGUUAUGUUUUUGGUAAAAACUAUUUCGAUGCCAUGGCUAAGGCGGGCCGUUUAGGACGCUUUAAUCAAUGGUUUAAUAAGGAGCCACUUAAGAAGGAGAAUCCCGGCACAUUAAGCGAUUACACAUUCAUCGAUUUAGCGCAUAUUGUGUGCAAGUUACCCGAGACUUACACAAGUAAUGAGCACUUGCAUCAAAGUUAUCUGUUUAGUGAAGACGAAGACUACGACGGUUACAUCUCUGAGCCCUCAACCUAUAAGCGGAUAAAAAUCAAACGCGCCGGCACGUCACUCUCGCUCUCUGAGAACGAGAUGGACUCGGACAUUGAGGUGGAUCUCUCGCUAGCCAUACGGCAACACCAUGCGCAUCGUUCGCGCAGCACGCCACACACACCCGCCUCGGAGACACACACUGGCGAACAAGCGGAAGGCAGUGCAACUACUCCCGCCGCCGCCGCUGGUGGCGGUAGUAUGGUACAUUUCGGUGGUAGUGUAGUAUUCCAAGAUAAUGGCUUAGGUGGCGUGUCACAAAUUGGCAUACGCACUGGUGGGGGCAGUACUGAUUUUAUAACACCCUACGAUGCGCUCAAUCUAGAUGCGGUAGUCGAUGAGUUGCCACUUGAUCCGGUGAUAGUGAAGAAAGAGGCGAUGGAAGAGUCAGCGAAAAUAAUGACGCCUGUGAAGAGCACAGAAACACAAGUAAAAGAGGAAGAUUUGCGUACGCCCACGCCAUGUAUUGUUAAUGCCGGUGAGACUGACACCAAGAAGGACGAUGUAAAUGUGGAGAUUGCGAACCCAAUAGACGCACCAGCAACACCUACAAAUUCUACAUUAAGAAGCAGCACAGCAGCAACAUAACAUGUGGGAUUGACUGCUUAUAUUCUUUCAAUAAAUAGUCUUUAAGUAAUUAUUUAAGCUCAAGAGUAUGUAUGUAAAUAUGUGUGAGAUGGAGUAAUGCGAACUGCGUGUACGAUUUGUAUUUAGUGAGAGUGAUUAGUACACUUUCAUAGACAUAAGCUUAUUUAACGAGGGGGAAAGCAAAUAUUCAGUGAUAAAAAAAAUUUUGAAUUAUUUUUUUCUUUCUGUUUGGUAAAUCUUUGAAGACAAAAAGCAGAUACAUAAAUGCAUAUGCGUGUGCAUGCAUGUACUAUAUAUGUAUUUAAAUAUGUUAUUGAAUUGAAUUAAAUGAAAUAAUAAAAUCCAAAAUGCUUUGCUGCUGUUUAAAGCCAAAAUAAAACUUUUGAAAUCAGUUUUGCGCCAGAAAUGCGGAAAAACUAAUUGAAGCAAAUAUAUUUUUUUAAACAUCAACAGAUUUUGCACUCUUUAAAUUUAACUAAAGGCUAGUUUUUCAAUCAAUUUGUCCAUCAACUAGAAUCGAGCGCCUUAAAAAUUGUAAGUUCUGCUCGUAAUAGAAAAUGCUUUAUGUAAACUCAAACUUGAAGACUCUUAAUGCACGUAAAAUCACUUAAAAUGAGGCUUUCAAUGUAUUGUAAGCAACAAAAGUAAAAUAGAUUAAAAACUUAAGUACGCUAAAAUUUAUAUUAAAAAAAUAAUACAACGUAAUAAUAAUUAA